UGUGCAAACUGCCGCUUCCUGACGUUUGUUGCCGCCAAAACUUUAAAACAACAAGGGAGCCUGCACCAGCUGCACAGUCCGCUUUAAUCAGCAAAAAAAAGGUUUUCAUUUAUUUGCUGGAAAUGUCUUUUCAUCCGAAGAGACCCUGCCCCGACCCCGACCCGAUGAACGACUCCAUGGAGAAGGUGAUAAAACGGAUAUCGAUCGAGGGGAACAUCGCGGCGGGCAAAUCCACCUUUGUCCGCCUUUUGGAGCAGGAGAGCGCGGACUGGGAGGUGGUGCCAGAGCCCAUCGCCAGGUGGUGCAAUGUACAAACAAAAGGCAGCGACUUUGAGGAGCUGACCACAUCUCAGAGGAGUGGAGGGAAUGUAUUGCAGAUGAUGUAUGAGAAACCGGAGAGGUGGGCCUACACCUUCCAGAGCUACGCCUGCAUCAGCCGGGUGCGAGCCCAGAUCAGGUCAGCCAACGGGAAGCUCCGAGAGGCUGAGAACCCCGUGCAGUUCUUCGAGCGGUCCAUCUACAGUGACAGGUACAUCUUUGCAGCCAAUCUCUAUGAGGGCGAGUGUCUGAAUGAGACAGAGUGGUCUGUCUACCAGGACUGGCACGGCUGGCUGCACAGCCAGUUUGGCAAGCAUAUCGAGCUGGAUGGUAUCAUCUACCUCAGAGCUCCACCGGAGAGAUGUUUAGAGAGGUUGCACCUGAGAGGCAGAGAAGAAGAGCAGGACAUCCCCUUGGAGUAUUUGGAGAAACUCCACUUCAAGCACGAGAGCUGGCUGCAGCACAAGACCAUGACCAUGGAGUUUGACUACCUCAGUGACGUGCCAGUCCUGACAAUAGAUGUGAAUGAAGACUUUAAGGGAAAUAAAAUGAAGUGUGCUGACAUGAUUGAGAAGGUGAAAGAGUUCUUGAGCACCUUGUGAAGAUGUAAAGAUCACCUGGUGGUGGAAAAUAAAAAAUGGUGCUCAAAAGUGAAGUGACGUAUUACUUGUGAAACAAUGAAAUGCCUCAACAUCACAAUUCCUCUAUAUGAUCAUGAAAAAUGAUCAGCAGUUUUUUAUCAUCUGUAAUAUAUUUAUAAAUGCUUUUGUGUGCAAAUGAUGUGUAUUUUUUUUUUGG